UGCAACUGUAAUCCAGGAAAAAACAGCCCACUCACUGAGAGCAGAGCGGAGAGCACAGCAUAGAGCCGUUGGCCAUGUAGGCUAACCUCAUUCCCAGUUCCCGCUCUCUGACUGUCAGUAGCUCUCACACACUUUUGUCUUCUGUUGUGUGUGACAGCAGCGGCUUUCGAGGACAAGAUUAGGAGGACGCCUAGCGUAGCUGACCGCCCCCAGCAGCAAUGAGUGGCGGAGUGAAUGUGAAGAGCAUGCAGAGGGGCCAGGCUGGCUCUGGCAUCCCUCUUCCCCGCAGCAAGCUACCCUCCCCAAAACACGACCCCAAGAACCCCAGCAGAGGCCUGCCGCGUCCCACCACCCACAUCCCCGCCAGCGCUUACUCCAGCACCGCCACUGGCAGCAGUGCCACCUCCACAACAGGUGUUGGCAGUAGCGCGUCCUCAAAGGACCUCCUGAGGGACACGACCUUGAGGAACCAGCAUCUGCAGCUCAGGGGUGUGCUGCCGGCCCCUCGAGUGACCUCCAGAGGUCACGCCAGGCCCCAGGGAGUGCGCUCGGCCUUCAGCAGCCCGCAGGUGCGUAGGAAAGAACUGCAGCCACCGCGCUGCAAGGACACCCUGGACGUGUGCACGCGAUCACAUGAUAACCUGCUUUACUCCAGGUCUAAUGACAACCAGAACUUCCUCUAUGGGAACUUAAGGCCCCCGUCCAGGAAGACAGACAAUAGCAGCCCUAACUUGAACACCCAGUGUGACCUUCCCGCCGCCCUUGACGAGACUAACAGAUCGACAUCAAAUGGCAGUGGCUGCAGCGGCGGCAACGACAGGAGUUUUCCAUUCAGCAAAUCGAACAACGAUAACCUAAGAAACACUGUACAUGCUUCUUCCAUCCCCACUGCAAUUACCACGGCUGCUGCCACUGUUACAUCUAAGACAUACACUGUGUGCUCAGCCAACCUUGUGGCAGAGGAAAGUUCCCUGCUGAAAAGGCGGCGGAUGCGCCUGAAGCAGAGUGCUUCAAGCAGCUUCUCGGACGAGGAGAUGUACACGCCGGAGGACCUGAGUCCCUUGGGGCCAGCCCCUGGGGUACCUGUUCUGGGGGCCUCAGAGGUACCUGGACCAGGGGUCCCAGCUGGUCCCACUUCCCCUGCUCCUGAUACCUUGGAGGGGGACACAGGAGCCCCAGUGGAAAUGCCCCCUACCCAGGAGGAGCGCAGGAGCAGUGUGGACCUGCUGAAGGGGAAGCAGAACUCCAGAGUCAACAUGGCCACUGUGCCGCCAUUCAGGUACAGGCUGCAGAUCCAAGAGGAGGUGUCAUCCCUGGAGGAUUACAGUGACUCCUCUGACUCCAUCGAGGUCUGCUGUAAUGACCUGCCAACUGGAAGAAUGCCUGGGGGUAGCAGCCCCGAGAGCACCCGAGGAGUAGAGCCACCACAGACUCAGCCAACAUCACUAGAGACUGACCACCAAUACCACCACCACCUCCAAACCAGAAGGGGGUCUGCUGCCCAAGCCCAAGCCCAGGCUGCUGCGGACAUCCAGGCAGGACGGGAGGAGGACCCACCACCACCACCACCAGGCAGGGGACCACAGCAGCAGCAUCCAGGCAGCAUGGCAGCCAGGAGAGGCAAGUCUGGGCUGCCCCAGAGCACGUCCAGGUCCGAGCUGCGGGUAUACAGGGCGGGCACAGGCGCUGACGAUGGGAGGGGACGCCUCCCUGUGCCCACCGCCAGCCUCACCAACCUGCGCAAGCAGAAGUCGCUCACCAACCUGUGCGUGCUGACAGACGCUGAGAAGAAGAUGCACCUCUACCAGCCCAAGUGGUCGGACGACAUGGCUAAGCCAGGCCAGGGGGGUGCGCCCAGGACGGGGAAGCCCGGCGGAGGUAUAGGACGAGGUGGAGGAGGAGGAGGACACGCGCCUCUCUCCAGGAAGCUCUCCAAGUCCGAGCACUCGCUGUGCCCGAGCAAGUCCAAGUCCUUUAGUCAGCUGGCGCCUCCGUCGUCUGGCAUCCCCAAGUCCAGCCGCCUGCCCCGCGGCCCCUACGCCGAGGUCAAACCCCUCAGCAAGACACAGACGCAGGAGCUGGCCAAGGACAAGCUGGACGGCAAAGCUGACGAGGAGAUACUGCCCAGCAAGGCGAAGGCCAACAGCAGGAAGGGGUCGAGCGCCACUAGCCCCCUGUCGGGGUCUGGAGCAGCCACCAAUGGAGGUGGCAAGGGACAGGGGCAGGGGCAGGAGGGCGAGGAGGGCAGCAAGGGCUUUGUGAAGGUGGACCCGGAGUUGGUGGUGACCGUCCUGGGGGACCUGGAGCAGCUGCUCUUCAGUCAGAUUCUGGACCCUGAGUCCCAGCGGAAGAGAACGGUGCAGAAUGUGCUUGAUCUGCGGCAGAACCUGGAAGACACCAUGUCCAGCCUGCGGGGGUCUACGCUCAGUCACAGUUGCCUGGACACCAGCGUCUGCUAUGACAGCGACGAGACCAACGGCCGCAGCGUCUCCAGCCUGUCCAACCGCUCCUCUCCACUGUCGUGGCGACAGGGCCAGUCCAGCCCCCGGCUGCAGGCGGGCGAUGCCCCUUCCUCCACGGGAAGCCCCGCCCCUGGUAACCCCGGCAACUAUGGGGGCGGCCACGGCCACAGCAAAUCCCGCCUGGGCUCUUCCCGGUUCAGUCAGAUCCAACGCAUCGAGCUGAUCGAGGGCCUCGGAGGAGUGGAUGACGAUGACGAUGACCUCGGGGACUUGAAGUCCGAGUACCUGAGCGAGGCCAAGCUGAAAAGGAAGAGCUUGGUCGGGGACGAGGAGGGAGAGGAAGAGCUGGAUGACGAUGAUGACGAUGUGGAUGUAGAUGUGGAUGACGAUGACCUGGCCAACGGCUGGGAUGAGAGCAGCUCCAUCAGCAGUGGCCUGAGUGAUGGCUCGGACAAUCUCAGCUCUGAGGAGUUCAAUGCCGGCUCCUCACUCAACUCCCUGCCCACCACGCCCAUCGGCUCACGACGGAACUCCGCCAUCGUGCUGCGUACGGAUGCAGAGAAGCGCUCGCUGGUAGAGAGCGGCCUGGCGUGGUACAGCGAGGAGGCCAAGGCCCUGCGGCGUAGCGAGGGGGGCUACGACACCGGCAGCCUGAAGACGGAGACCUCCAGCAGCAAGUGGAAGAAGAGCCGCACCGUGGACGAUGGCUCCGGCGGCAGAGGAGGAGGAGGUCAUACGGGGGUCAGUGGAGGGGUCAAGGGUGAACUCAGGAAGCCACAGACGCUGAGUGGGAGUGGCCUGAAGAAGGGGCGGAACCCUCCGGUUGGCGUGACAUCACCCAUCACACACACGUCACAGAGCAUGCUCAAGGUGGCAGCACAGAAAAAUGAGGAGAAGCCAGUGGACAAGGCAAAGAUGGCGGUGAAGAACUCGGGCCUCCAGCGCUCGUGCUCUGACGCGGGGAAGGAGGGGGGCAGAGGGGGCGAGAACCGAAAGCCACCAUCUGGCCUUGUGAGGCCCUCGGCUGGCAGCUCAUUUGGCUACAAGAAGCCCACCCCCACCACGGGCACCGCCACCGUCAUGACCACAGGGGGCACUGCCAUAUCCGGAGGAUCCGCCACCGUCGGGAAAAUCCCCAAGUCUUCCGGCAUCCCCGUCAAACCUGCCACAGGCAGCAGUGGAGGAGGAGGAGGUGGAGGAGGAGGAGGAGGAGGGAGAAAGACCAGCCUCGAUGUGUCGAACGCAGACCAAGGCUUUCUGGCCCCCAAUGCACGCAGUAACAUCCAGUACCGCAGCCUGCCACGGCCUGCCAAGUCCAGUGCACUGACGCUGGUGGGUCCUCGUCCGGGAUCGGCGCGACCGGCGAGCAGUGCCAUAGACGUGGGCACUCCCACUGCCAGCACGAAAGUCAGCUCCUCCAUACCUGCCCCGUCUAGACUGAAGGAGCCAGGCAGUGGGAAGAGCUUUGGCAGGGCCAGCCUGGGUGGAAGCGCUCCAGUCAACCAGACGGACAGGGAGAAGGAGAAGGCCAAAGCCAAAGCCGUGGUGUCGGACUCAGAGUGUGGAGAUGGCUCGGUCAAGUCCACGAGCUCCACAAGCUCCUCCCAUUCGAACGUGGACGUGCCAAGCUCCAAGCUGCAGGGUCUCAGGCAGCCGUCCAUUGGAGGGAAAUACUCUGACCACUCCUCACCUAGGCUACCCAGCAGCAAGUCCAUGAGCAAGCCCAUCCAGCCGGACAACGUGAGCACGAGCAGCGCCGACUCCGGGGUGGGCAGCAUCCAGGACAAGCUGCCUCCGCGCGUGCCCCCCUACUCCAAGCUACAGGACCUGGCCGGCCUGCCCUCCUCCACCUCCCCCUGCCUGACCCCCAGCCCUGCUCCGCUGCUCAACGUCAACACCUCCGACUGCUUCUCCAGCACCACCUCCAUCUCCAUGAGUCGCAGCAGCUCCGGCUCUCCGCUGCUGUACCCCCGUCUCUCUGGCCUGCACCGGAGCAUGGAGUCUCUGCCUGCCCAGCUGAGUGUCUCGCCGGCUGGGGACAGCGGCUCAGACGCGGGCUCUCGGCACGAGGACCGGGUCUCGCUGGGGGGUUGGAGCACAGGCAGCAGGACGUCUCUGACUUUGACAGACAACAGCACACAAAGGGACCGAAACACACUCCCAAAGAAAGGAUUAAGUCAGUACAGCGUGUCACAGGUAGAGGAUGAUGGGAAGGAGAGGCGGCACUCCCAUAACGUCAUGAGCCUGAUGGAGUCCGACAGCCCACCCCAGUUGCCUUCCCCCAUCUCCCUGCCCACCUCCUCCAUUGGGAAGGGGCCCCUGACUAAUGUUGUGGCCCCGAGCCCCAGUAGCAGUGGCACCCCCCGCAUGACCCGCUCCAACAGCAUCCCCACCCCCGACGCCGGGUUCGAGCUCUACGGCGCCUCGCCGCUGGGCUCCACCCUAUCCUUGGUGGAGAGGCCCAAGAGCAUGAUCCGAUCCGGAUCCUUCAGGGACCGAGAUGGAUGCGACGAUGUUCACGGCUCCAUGCUCUCUCUGGCAUCCAGCGUAUCGUCCACCUACUCCUCGGCUGAGGAAAGGAUACAGGGAGAGCAAAUCCGAAAGCUGAGGAGAGAGCUGGAAUCCUCCCAAGACAAGGUGGCCGCCCUCACCAGCCAGCUGUCUGAAAACGCUAAUCUGGUUGCAGCGUUCGAGCAGAGUCUGGCUCUCAUGACCACCAGACUGCAGUCGCUCUCCAUGACUGCUGAGCAGAAGGACUCUGAGUUGUAUGACCUGCGUGAGACCAUUGAGUGCAUGAAGACCAAGAACCAGGAGGCCCAGGCCGUCAUACAUGGAGCCUUGAACAGCCAGGAUGGCAUGGAAAGAGAGCUGCGCAUGCGGAGGCAGAACUCGUCUGAGAGCAUCUCCAGCCUGAACAGCAUCACGAGCCACUCCAGCAUCGGCAGCCUCAAGGAGCAGGACGCCAAGAAGAAGAAGAAGAAGAGCUGGCUGAGGAGCUCUUUCAACAAGGCAUUCAGCAUCAAGAAGGCCUCCAAGUCGGGCUCCUUCUACUCCGACAUCGAGGAGAUUGCCACCCCGGACUCCUCCGCCCCCAACUCCCCCAAAUUGGCACAUGAGGGGGCAGAUGGCCUGGACCAGGACCAGGACCAGCCUCCCCAAGAACCCCUCCAGUCGGCCACCUCCUCUGUGAUUUUUGAGACGAGUGAAGAGAAUGAGACGGAUGAGAAGGCGGUGUCAGACCUUCGCUCGGAGCUGUGGGAGAAGGAGAUGAAGCUGACGGACAUCCGACUGGAGGCACUCAGCUCCGCCCAUCAGCUGGAGCAGCUACGGGAGGCCAUGAACAGCAUGCAGUCGACAGUGGAGAACCUGAAAAAAGAGAAUGACCGGCUGAAGACGGGGAGCCCGGCCACCCCCAUCACCCCAUCCUCUGUUACUCCUGUGACCCCCUCCACCAGUGGACCCUCGAUGUCAACCUCGCAGCCCUCGGGCCUGUCGUCGUUACUGGGCAACUCAUCCCUGCAGAGGCCCACGAACACCAUGUCCCUCACCAAGUCCUUCAGCCUCAGCCUCAACGAGUGCAGCCCCUGUGAGCCAGAUAUCUCACCUAUAGACAUGUUGAGCAUGUGUUCUCAGAGAGGUGACGUCUCUGUGCGUGUGGUGGUGCGUAUGGAACAGGCCCCCAAAGAGGUAAAGCAGCAUAGCUUUUACAUUGGGUCUGUGAAAGUUGAUGCGACGACAGACUGGUUGAAGCUGGAUAAAUUCAUCAUGUUGGCUUUCAAGGAUUACAUCAGCAAGGUGGAUCCUGCGUCCAGCAUGGGGCUGUCCACAGACUCCCUCCACUGCUACGAGAUUAACCAUAACAGGCGGGUGCUUGGUACAGACGUCCCAGAGAAUAGCCCGGCCAGCUGCCUUGGCAAGGGGCCCGGCUGUAUCAAUGUCCUCCUGAAAGGCCUGCGUGAGAAGUGUGUGGACAGUCUGGUAUUCGAGACCCUGGUCCCCAAGCCCAUGCUGCAGCACUACAUCAGCCUGCUGCUGAAGCACCGCCGCCUCAUCUUCUCUGGCCCCAGUGGCACCGGCAAGACCUACCUCACCUCCCGCCUGGCCCAGUACCUGCUGGAGCGCAGCGGCAUCGAGCCCUCCGCACCCGGGGCUGUAGUCACCUUCAACAUGCACCACCACUCAUGCAAGGAUCUCCAGUUGUAUCUGUCCAACCUGGCUAAUCAGAUUGACCGGGAGACGAACACGGGAGACGUCCCUCUGGUCAUCGUGCUGGAUGACAUCAGUGACGCGGGGGUCAUCAGUGAGCUCGCCAACAGUGCCCUCACAUGCAAAUACCAUAAAUGUCCAUAUAUCAUUGGAACAACAAAUCAUUGUGUGAAGAUGGCAUCUAAUCACGGGCUACACCUCAGCUUCAGGAUGGUCACGUUUUCCAACAAUGUGGAGCCAGCGAAUGGGUUCCUGGUGCGCUACUUGCACAGGAAGUUGAUCGAGUCGGAGAACCAAAGCACUUUGAACAAUGAGGAGCUCCUGCGGACGCUGGACUGGGUACCCAAACUCUGGUACCACCUGCACACGUUCCUCGAGAAGCACAGCACUUCAGAUUUCCUUAUCGGACCUUGCUUCUUCCUGGCAUGUCCCGUGACGAUAGAGGAGUUUCGCCCCUGGUUCAUCGACCUGUGGAACCAGUCCAUCAUACCGUACCUGCAAGAGGGGGCCAAAGACGGCCUAAAGGUACAGCGCCAGAGGCCGGCAUGGGAGGACCCAGUGGAGUGGGUGAGGGACACCCUGCCCUGGCCGUCGGCACAGCAAGACCAGGCGAAGCUCUUCCACCUCCCUCCCCCUGCCGUGGACCCCAGCAGCGUGGGCUCAGGGCAGUCCAGCGAGGAGAGGCCCGCAAAGGAGACCCCCCUACCCAGCUCCCUGGAGUCAGACCCCCUGAUGGCCAUGCUGCUUAAACUGCAGGAGUCGGCCAACUUUGUGGAGUCGCCUGAAUCAGACCUGACGGGGGAGCCCAGCUUCCAGGCCACGCUAUGAUGUCCUUACAUUCCAUCCAACAAUGGAGGCCAUCCGCUCCACUGCACUCUACUCGCCAUAAAGACUUAUCCUGCUUUCACAACGUAUGACACACAUGCCACAAGAGACUGGCGGACCUGUCCUUCCCUGCCCUACCGUGCCCACUAACUGGCUUGUGCUGUUAUCCACGCUCUCUCUCUCUCCGUCCCUCCCUCUCUCCCUCCCUCCUUUGCAUAGCUGAUUCACAGCCUCCAUUCCUGACCCUUCGUUUUUGUUGUGCCCCAUUUUACAAUCUGAACAUUUCAGGAGGCUGGAUUUUAUUUUUUACUUUUUUUUUUUCUAUUUUUGGUCUCCUCAAUCAGCUUAUCGAGUGGAUCGUUUGUCGGUCCAGGCUCCCUGUGCCAGGAGAGUAUGCAAGAAAGACUGUUACAUUUGAUGCCAAAUGUAUACAAACGUAUAGACUGUUGUUGUGCCAUCUGCACCUAAAGCCCAUGCCCCAUGCCCCAUGCCCUCUACCCGCCACCCUCCCUGUGUCCUUGAAAUGUGCAAGUGUGGGGUUCAGUCACCAAAACUACCCCCCACCCCCCAUUCCUGUCGCUGACUAUCUCUAAACUUCCUUUGGAGCAAGCCGCUCCUUUCCUUCACCCCCCAAACCCAGUCACUCCUCUCCACUCCUCCCCCACCCACACUAGAAACAGCUGCUGACUGGGCAUCCAACAGUUGUCAUUCAUUCAGCACACGUCAUCACUCCAGACUGUUAGUUAUUUAUAAUUUACAACUUAUCACCACCAGGCAAUGUGAUCUUUGCCAGUGUUCAUCUUGUCUCAUCUCGUCUUGUCCAUGCUACCCCAUUGUUUACAUUAAUUGACAUUGCUGCACCUUACAUUUUUCUCUCUUUGAAUAGGCUCCCUAUUCAAUCAUGCUUAUUGUUAGCAUUUAUAUCGAUGAAAGCACAUGUAAGAGAAUUCUCAUACGGACAACAGCAUACAGUAUUUGAACCAUCAAGGUUUGCAUUGCUUUCAUACCUUGAGCGUCAGUGGUGCAUUGACAAGAUCGUAAAUAUUCACAAGUGAAGUUAGGGCGCUGCUCAAAGUCAUGCUUCUUUGACAUUUACUAUAGUUCCAUGGUUCCAUCUCUCAUAAGCUCAGAUUACACUCUGUUUUAUUAUCCAUGUUCAGAACUUGAAAGGCUGAGCAGCAGAGGUGUAUAUGGUGUACAAACAUACAGGUGCAAAUAGAUGCGGGGAAUGCUUUUUUAGUGACGUUAGCCAGGCUUAGAAUCCCAAACUAGAAAACAGGAAACAUCCACUGCACGAUAGUCAGAUGGUUUGGCACCACACAAUAGUGACGGUUUGGGACCACACUUAUGCAACUUAUUCAAUAUAAUGUAUGGUGCUCAGACUACAGCCUUAGGUUUUUCUCAGUUACGUAUAUCAUUUACAGUAUGAUGUCACAAAUAUACAAUAUCAAAGGUAUUCCUCGUUAUAAAAAAGAAAAAUCCUUUGCAACAUGCACAAGUUGCCGGUUAUUACGUGGCAGUUUGUUAUAAUAUGCACACUGAUGUGAAAUACAGAGGUACAGUAAUCAGCUUUUACUGUUGUACUAGAUGAUUGUAAAUAACACACUCUGACAACACAUGGUGACCAUUUUGGUUCUGUGGUGAUCUGUCUACUCUGCACAGGUUGAAACGACAGUCGGAUCACAUCACUGCUGCAAGAUGAGCUGCCGCGUUAACUCUUUGCCUUCAUGUAGCUCGCUAACAUUGCUCAUGUCACAGGUCAUAGGUCAUCAUAGGGCAUAGGUCCUCCCCAUUAUGACAUUUAAUAAUUGCCUCCUCAUUCUACUACUCCACCAAAUACACUAUUAUGCUGAAGAGGAAGGUUUUUUUAACUUGAAUAUUUGCCGCCCUUAUGAUACGCAGUACAUUUGUGCAGUGUGGUAUAUACGAGAACCCUCACAGGGCAAAAAGAACGGACGAAAAUCUAAGAAUGUACAAAUCCAUCCAAUGUUAGAUGACAUUUCUAAUACUUUAAAGAUUGUUAAAAAAAUUGCCCAGGAAGAGUAUGAGGAGGACUUUAUGGCCUUGUAAGCAUAUCAUAAUAAUCUUGAGUCAAAGAGCAUGAGUGUAGAGAGCAUGACGUGUCAGAGCAUUAACAAUCUGAAGAUUUUUAAGAAAAAAUAAAACAGAAGACUACAGUCCUACUCCUGAACUUCUUAUAAGACCUAAGAGAUGAAAUAAAAGAGUGAGACAAAGCCUUGUUAGAUUUUAAAUAUUUCAAGGAGUAAUAUACUGUAUGUACAUGGCUGUCCCUCUACUGUAUGUCUCAUCAUUUUAAAAUCUUCUAAGCUUUCCUUAGUGAAUUAUCAGAUAGGCUGCACUUGAUUGGCUGACUAAAAAGAGAUUGGCGAUACUGAUACAUGAUGUUUGUUUGUAUAAUGGUGACAUGUGAUCCCUGUUCACUUGUAGAACACACUAUUAGUCACCCACUGAUUACAGUGAAACAAAAGUGCUUAGAAAUGGGAAUUGGUCUUGUCUUAAAUAGUGUGCCUUCAAGUGGAUGCACUGAUAGUUUGCUAUAAUUGCCAUCACAAGUGUUGCAUGCUUAGGUAUAUGACUUUGCCAGCCAAAUAUGCCAUUAACUGUAAGCCAACAAGCCUAUCAAAAGAAAUAAUGCUUGCAGAAUCUGUGGUGAUACUCUCAGAUGACCCGCGUAGGACUUUUCUAAAUGUCAUUUUAUACGAAUUUGUAUUAAAAAAAGGAAAGAUAACCAACACACACCAACUCGCCAUCUGUAAGUAGAGCAAGCUUAAGACAAGUAGCAAUGUGCUUAGUCUAUAAGAACUCACUGUAAAUGUAACAUUGGUGCAAAACUCUGUCAUUUUAAAUUCAAAUCACGUAGAGACAUAAAGACAAUAACAAAACUACCCAGGAGCUCAAUGAACUGCCACUUCUCCUCUUUUCGAUGUAAACAUCCUUGAAUUCAGUGCGAGUGUCUGCAGACGUCUGCUUUCCCAUCACUGAAGUCUCAGUUAAGUGUUACUUAAAAAGUGUUCAAAUCAUGUUUGCUUGUUUACAAGUGAUUUGGCAAAAGCACUUCCUGUCUCUCUGCAAGGUCUGUGGUUGUGAAGUGAGUGUGACGCGCGUACAACAUGUGCCUAAAUGUGGUGAAGACGCUCGGGAGACGCUCGAGUGCUGUGUAGAGGCUGACUGGAGAUGUGAUGAUGAAAUCAUGCAAGCUAUUCUCUUUCUUCCAAAAAAAUGAAUAAAUAACCCCUCGUUCCACUCCCAAGUUUAAACAUUGCUGCUUUUUGUGUAUGCUAGUUUCCCUUUGUGAUUACAUAUUACUCAAGGGGUGAUGAUGAACGCUUGGAUUGUCUAGCGACUUCUAUUGGCUUUGCAGGCUGCAAUUACACAAGUCUGUUCAUCAGACUCCCAAGAGAUGUGAUAUUCUUACUCUGAGCCUUUUGUUCCAAUGUUUUUAUGCUCGGGGAUGUACUUUUUUGUAAUUAGUAUUUAUUUAUUUGCUUUAUGACACUGAAAGGAUAUUAAGAAAGACUAUUAACAUAUGAUUUGCUUUAAAAGCUGCAGUAUCUGAAUAAUCCUAUAUAAUUAUGGUACUUAAUCCCAGUGAUGGUCUAGGAUGUGGAUGACAAACAGGCUGUUGAUGAAUAAGAUGCAUGCACACCUUCAGAGAGUACCUAUAGGGAGAUCUACCUGGUAUUAAAGCCAACAGACUUUGCUUUGCGGCAACAUCCAGUAAAAGGUGUUUUUAGUUUUUUUCUCAAUGGGGGAUGUGACAACAGUGAAAUAUGGUGGCUGAAGACGAGCAAAGGGGAAGCUACCAUGUAAAUUGUCACGAUUGUCGAAAAUGGCUGUCAGUUUGGUUGAUUUGCUUAAAUUGCAUAUACCUUUCUAUCCCCUUUUGGGGGAGUCCAAAUAGAUUUUUUUUGUUUCUCUUUUUUUUAUUAAAUCAAUGAACUUGUUUUUCUUAUAAAAUUCUUUGUAAAACUUUCUACUUUGUACAGAACACUUCAUAUGUAAACAGUGUACAUAGUUUCCUCAUUCGCGACAGCAAUCACAUUCAGAUAGAUGUAAAAUGAGAAAACCUAGCUGGAGAUUGUCAUGUGAGGCAACAAAGAGUGAUUUGUUUUCUAUGUGUAUGUCCGUGCUUAUGUCCCUCUGCCAAGAGAGGGUUACUAAAGGCAUGUUUCACAAGCGGAAAGUUCCAUUCAUUGUAACAUAAUAUGUUCAGUUCUCUCAAUAAAGUCAUGCCAUUCUUUA